AUGAACAGGUUCUUUAUUCUUACUGCUGCAUUUUUAUAUUAUUUAAUAUGGUUGAUUCUACCUAUAUUUGAAUUAGAUGAAGCAUUGAUUUUAUUCCCACUUCCUAGUAUAUAUGCUGUAUACAUACCAAUUUUUCUGUUGUUACUUGGAUUUGCAUUAGUUGGGUCAUAUUUAGGUUAUUUGUUGAUCAAGGCUUAG